GCCCCCCAUUGCCCCCAUUGCCCCCCAGAGGAGGAGGAGGUGGACAAGAUGAUGGAGCAGAAGCUGCGGGAGGAGCAGGAGCGGCGCCGGCGCAAGGAGCUCGAGGAACGCAUGUCAUUGGAGGAGACCCGCGAGCAGGUGCAGAAGCUGCAGGCCCGCCUGGGGGCGCUGCAGGGGUGGGGCUCCGCCCCCUCGCGUGACCACGCCCCCUUUCCCCACAGUGACCUCACGACGCUCACAGCGGCCGCCUACCAAUCAGGGCUGCCCGUGCACGGGACCCACAUCCUCAACAUGCAGAGCAGCCCCGGGGGUCACAGCCGCGCCGGGACCCUGAUGGCCGCUGACCGGGCCAAGCAGAUGUUCGGGCCCCCCGUGAUCACCACGCGGCACUUUGGGGCCCAGCCGAGCUAUGGGGCAGGGGGGGAGCACGGAAGCUUCCAGGGGGCGCAGGGGGGGCCGGGCCCCUUCGCUGUGGGGCAGAGCCAGCACCCGUUCCCCCCCGGGCAGCCCGGGCCUGUCAGCUACGGAGCCUCGCAGCAGAUCCGAGGCCCGGCGGCCUUCCCAGCGCUCCCGUUCCUGCCCCAGCAGCAGCCGGGGGGCGGCUUCGGCCUCCACGGGCACUUCCCGGCGCAGACAGGGUUCCUGCCCCCCCCCAGCAGCACCAUCCCCCUGCAGAAGCAGCUGGAGCACGCCAACAGCCAAUCAGGAUUCAGCGAUGCCGUGAGCGGGGCGGGGCUAUGGGGCUGGGAUUGAGGCUAUGGGGCAGCG